GUUUAUGAGUGCUUUUCCUACAUGAGAGCAUAUCAAAAAUGCGUUGCUUGGAACGCAACUAUUGCCGCACCCGAAGAUGCCCUGCAAGAUGCGUUUAUACGAAGAGUCUAUGGUAAUGACAAUCCAUACUGGAUCGGUGUUCGUAAGAUUGUUGACAGAUGGAUGAAGCCAGUACAAAGCAAGCAAUUCGGAUACACCCUAGUCAAUUAUACAAACUGGGGAUCAUCACAACCAGAUGGCUGUUGUUGGUACGAUGUUACCUGUGUCGUAGUGAAUUACGGGAACACCCUGGGGAAAUGGGAUGAUCAGGAUUGCUAUAGCUAUGUGAGAAGCGCUGGCGCUGUUUGCCAGAAACAAUCGUUGUGA